CCCAUCAGCAGGGGAUCUCAUUCCUGGAGAAGGAGCUGACCCAGCUGAAGCUGCCGGAGAUCUCGGGUGACUUCCGUGUCCGACACGUGGGGAAGGUGCACUAUGAGCUCUCCAGAUUGGACCUUCGCAUCUUCCACUUGCCGUAUUCGCGGAUCUCCCUGGUGCCCAGCGUGGGGCUGCAGGUCUCCAUCUCCAACGCCUUUGCCGAGCUGGACGGCAGCUGGAGGGUGAAGUUCUACUUCAUCCGGGACCACGGCUCUUUUGACCUGAAGGCGGAGAACGUCUACAUCAAAAUCGACCUGAAGCUGGGCAGUGACACCUCGGGGAAACCCACCAUUAGCACCUCGGACUGCAGCACCCGCAUCUCCGAAGUCCGGGUGCACUUCUCGGGCAAGUUUGGGUGGCUUUACAACCUCUUCUACAGCGCGGUGGAGUCCAGGUUCCGGAAGAUCCUGGAGAGCAAGGUCUGUGAGAGCGUGGCCGACGCCGUGCGCAGCGAGCUCCAGCCCUACCUCCAGACCCUGCCAGUCACAGCCAGGAUCGAUGCCAUGGCUGGGAUCGAUUACUCCUUGGUGGCACCCCCAACAGCUACUGCCCAGUCCCUGGACGCGGGCCUGAAGGGCGAAUUCUUCUCCCUGGCACACCGCUCUGCCGUCCCCUUCCCCGGCGUUGAAUUCCACUUGAACACCUCCACCUUCUCAGCCUUCAUUCCCCAGCUGGAGAAGAUGUACCCGGAGACGCCGAUGAAGCUCAGGCUGUCCACCCCCUCUGCCCCGUUCCUGAACAUCGGGCCAGGGGGGCUCUCGCUCAGGCCUGUCGUGGAUAUCCAGGCUUAUGCCAUCCUCCCCAACGCCAGCCUGGCUCCCCUCUUCCUCCUCAGCCUGACAGGCAACGUGUCCGCGGUCAUCGACGUGAAAUCCGGCCACAUAGUUGGGAGCCUGGAGGUGGGCAGGUUGAAGCUCUCUCUGAAGCAAUCCGACGUUGGCGCUUUCCAGGUGCGAAUGCUGCAGUCCAUAAUGAACAUCUUUGCCUCCAGUAUCCUGCUCCCGCGUCUUAAUG